GUGCACGCAAUUGGUCCAUGCCAAACACCCUGUAACUGGCAACCAAGAACCGAGCUGAGUCCAGUCGGAAUGGGAGUCUUAGAAGCCAAUGCGAUGAGCGUCAUGAUGAGGCCGGUGCUGCACCUGAUAGUCGGGCUGGUGCUCUACGGGGUCGCCGAGGAGAUGACCGUGCCAGCGCUCGUCGACAAGGUCACUGCCGCUCUCUGCCACGCCGACGAAGGUUCAUGCCCGGAGGCCAUCUACCUCACCGGCAUCCAAUCUUCGGUAGGAGGGAUUUUCAGGGCGAUAGGACUCACUCUGAUGGGCCAGCUGGCUGAUGAAUAUGGUCGGAAGCCUCUCCUCCUUCUAACUGCCUCCACUUCCAUCAUCCCUUUUGCUGUGCUUGCAUGGAGCAAUUCAAGGACUGCUGUGUAUUUCUACCUUGUUCUGCGUACCCUGUCAUUCAUGAUUGGCCAAGGAACCAUAUUCUGCAUCUGCAUUGCAUACACGGUGAGAACAAUAAUUCCAGUUCAUUAUGUUUGUAAACCACUAAUGCCAUGUUUUGUUACUUUCAUUUCUUUCUGUGUUUAUAGUGAAACACUUAGGCAGAUCUCAUAUGUUGCUUUCUUCAACAAAUUGGGCAUGAUUGCCAUUAGCGACGUCCUAAUGUAUUAUCUAAAGUCAGUAUUUGGCUUUCAUAAGAAUCAGUUCUCAGAAAUUCUAAUGGUGGUAGGCGUUGGUUCGAUCUUUUCUCAGAUUUUGGUCCUCCCCUUUCUUAGCCACAUAAUUGGUGAAAAAGGCAUCUUAUGUAUUUCAAUACUCGCCUCCAUUGCUUAUGCCUUGCUUUAUGGUGUUGCAUGGGCUUCAUGGGUUCCAUAUUUUAGCUCUUCACUAGGCGUCAUCUAUGUUCUAGCCAAACCCGCAAUAUAUGCAAUCAUUUCUGGGGAAGUACUCUCGACUGAUCAGGGAAAAGCGCAAGGAUUUAUUGCAACCAUGGAAUCUGUAGCUAUAUUGCUGGCACCUCUAUUCAUGAGUCCACUAACCUCUUACUUCAUUUCAGAGGAAGCUCCCUUCGAUUGCCCAGGUUUCAGUUUUAUUGUGGCAGGUUUUUUCUUGGCAAUCUCCUUUUGCCUUGCUUGGACACUUAAUCCUGAAAGCAAGGACGACAAAUGCAGAAAACUUCUUGUUUCUGAUGAAGAAGCAAUACAAGCACCGCUACUGGUUCAUCAUCAUCCCAAACCAUGAGCCCAUGAAAUAGAAAAAAAAUACUACCAGCUUUAACAUAGUGUUAGUAUAACACUUUUUGUGUACAUACACCGGAAGUCAAAUAUUGGUCCAUUAAUCCUGAGUUCCUGUUCAGAAAAUUAGCUCCACACCAGUACGGACAAGCGAAGCGCAUGUUGGUGGUAGCGUUGGGGUUGAAAAUAGUCAGAAUAAAUCAUGUUCCGUUCCGCCCCGAUUUCUACAUUUUAUCUGCUCAUUUUUGGAUUUCCGAACAAAUACGGAAUUGAUAUGAAAUACGGGAUGUCAAAUUCGAGAACGGGACGGAAAUGGUUUGGCUUGUAUCCCGAUUGUUUCCGUAUUUCCCGUAUUUUAUCGGGAUAUCCUAUUUUUGCUAAUUCGGUAUAUAUCGUUUUUACUA